CUACUUGACCCAAGCAGCGUGUUAGAUAGCUUCGCACCAGUACAGAAGCGUUGAAAGAUAAACGCGUUGGAUGUGGUUGUGUGUUGGUGUGGUUGAAGCUGAUGCCCAUUAAUGGUUUCUCCGUCGCUCUGCGUUGAAUAGAGAAUGUCGGAGCGUUCAGUUGCUUCCUGCCGGCGGACGGGAGCAGAUCGUAUUGUGUUACUAGACUUGGUCGCGUCCAGGCAACAAUCUGUGCGCCAUGGGUUACGUCAGUGUUGUGUUAUUUCUGGUGCUCCCCGCGCUCACCCUGCUUUACAUCUACUUGAAGCAGCACUAUCGUCAUUGGGCAAAUCGGAACCUACCCCAGCUGGAAGCGUCCUUCCCGCUGGGCAACAUGAAGGGCGUCGGGUCCGAGAUUCACUUCAACGAUGUGCUGAACGAAGCGUACGCAAAAGGUAAAGCACAGUCGGCCCCGCUCGUCGGGCUGUUCUUUAUGCUCAAGCCCAUACUGAUCGUGACCGAGCUGGACAUGGUGAAGCGCAUACUGGUGAAAGACUUUAGCAGCUUCCACGACCGUGGCCUGUACGUGAACGAGCGGGACGAUCCCCUGUCCGGGCAUCUGUUUGCGCUGGACGGUGAGCGGUGGCGCUAUCUGCGCAACAAGCUCAGCCCCACGUUCACGUCCGGCAAGAUCAAACUGAUGUUCAGCACGAUUUGCGAGAUCGGUGACGAGUUUCUGGCCACGGUGAAUCGGUUCGUCGAGCGGGAUGAGCCAUUGGAUGUGAAGCUGCUGUCACAGUGCUUCACCUGCGACGUGGUAGGCUCGUGCGCGUUCGGGCUGCAGUGCAAUUCGCUCAAAAACGGAGGCUCCAAGCUGCUCGAGAUUGGCGACAAGGUGUUUAAACCUCCAGCGUGGCGAAACAUGCUCGCGUUUGCACUCAUCUCGUUUAAGAAGCUGGCGAAACGAUUGCGCCUACCCGUGCUACCGGGCGAGGUGACGUCAUUCUUUAUGCCGCUUGUCACCGAGACGGUGGCGGAUCGGGAACGGAACUCGAUCGAACGGCCCGAUUUUCUCAAUCUGCUGAUACAGCUCAAGAACAAAGGUACGGUCGAGGACGAAACAACGGAGGGACUGCAAAAGCUGACGCUCGACGAGGUGGCAGCGCAGGCGUUUGUUUUCUUUUUUGCCGGGUUCGAAACGUCCUCGACAACGCUCUCGUUCGCACUGUUCGAGUUGGCCAACAAUCCCGACAUUCAGGAGCGAGUGCGGGCGGAAGUGCUGGAACAGCUUCAACUCCACGACGGCAAGAUAACGUACGACGCACUGAAGGAGAUGACGUACCUCGAUCAGGUCAUCAAUGAGACACUUCGUAUGUAUCCGCCAGUUCCGCAGCUGAUACGCGUCACCACUCAACCGUACAAGGUGGAGGGAGCGAACGUAACGCUUGAACCCGACACGAUGCUGAUGAUACCGAUCUACGCGAUACAUCACGAUGCCAGCAUCUAUCCCGACCCGGAACGUUUCGAUCCGGAUCGGUUUACACUGGCCGCGACGCACGCAAGGCACACUCACGCGUUCCUGCCGUUCGGCGAUGGGCCGCGGAAUUGCAUCGGCAUGCGCUUUGGGCUGCUGGAGGUAAAGUUUGGCAUCGUGCAGAUGGUGAGCAAGCUGAGGUUCACCGUCAGCGAGCGUAUGCAGAUGCCGCUCCGGAUGUCGAAAACGGCCUCCAUACUGGAGGCGGAAGGAGGCAUUUGGCUUAACGCAACGAAACUGUGAAGCUGUGCCAAGCUGUGCUACCUUAUCGCGUCGGUCAAUGUUUGAUAUCUGAUACGAAUGACAUGUCUAUCUGGGGUCGGGGUUUGGCUUUGCCAAACCAAUUGUUGCCAUAUUUUGCUUACUCUUUUAGGUUACUUACUGCUGCAAUGAUCCCGUCAAUAUUAGACUGUUUGCAACCGAAGUAAAAAAUAAGAAAACUGAUAAAACUAUAUCGAAAUAAACAGGAAUUACUAAUCGACAUAAAAGUGCAAUGCUACGAAGCGAAGACAAUUUAACAAAUAAGGUGCAAUGCACGAUGCAUAUGAACGUAUGAUCGCUAUAAACAACCUAAACUAUUACCAGUACGCUA